ACCAGCAUGAUGGUUUAAGCGACGGCCAAAACGUGGUCAAAACACAUCCAGUCUAAGCCACUUUAUUGUUUAGAAAAGCGGGAGCGGUCAGGGCAUGCUGCAUAUAAAAGAGCCUGUGGCGGCGUCCAUGCUCCUCCUCAUCCCCCACUGGCAAAACGUGAUAACGGCCACAACAUCCGAGACAAUACUAAUUAUCCACAGUACCGACUUUCUUUUACCGUGAACGUGAACUGUGUGGUAUUUUAUCAUCUACCCAUUGAUGAUCUUGACACUGAAAAUGCCCAUAGGACCCAUAUCUCUAGGGAAUCAUGUUGUACUCCUUUAAUCCUAAAAACCUACCUUUCGUGGGCAAGGGAAGACGGAAAACCAUGAGUUUGACCAAGGCUAGGAAAGAAGAACAAGAUCUGAUGGAGGAAAUCGAUCCCGCGGCUCUAGGAAUCGAUGAGUUGAAUAGCGAUAAGCAGUCCAUGGACUCGGAUGAUACAUGUAUGAACAGUCAACCGGCUACAUCUGACUCUGCCGAUUGCAUCUUCAUUCACACAGCUUUAGAUGGCAAAUCGUUACCAAGUCACUCCUUCACUAGUUCUAUGACGAUUUCGAAAGGCUACGCCAACAUCAAGCGAACGCUCAAAGCUGUUCCUCGAAAACCGCAAAGAAUGCACUCCCGGAAGAUGCAGCACCACUUCUCUCAGGCUUAUGGCUCCACUAAUACUUCCACAAAGCUCUCAUCUGCUUCGACGACGCCAAAUGAUUCUACGGGUCCCGUGUGUUAUGUAGGACCUUCUAUUGAUCAUGAUCUAUCGACGAAGGUCAAGACUCAUCUCCACAUCACCGAGGAUGAUAUUCUAGCUGCAGUGUCAGAACCGUCUGGUCACCACACAAAAUGCAGGGUACAUGCGCCAGAUGUCGAUGACGGUGAUCCCGUCCCAUGUAAGAUUUUCCGGUGUCCGCGGUGUUGUACUGGUAACCAUUCCGUGGGCGACAAUGGCCUGAACCUGAAUACGACUGUUCUGGAAACACGGAAGACACAGAAUGGUCAAAUCAUGGAUUCUACGGGAGAGGAAGAAAUUUAUUCUCACAAAAUCUGUCGCUUUCCUUGCGACUCUACAUCCGCUCCUUCUAGCAACGGCAAGACAUCCUCUGUUUUCAAUGGAGAACCCGAACGCACAGAUGCGCGAUUUAAUAAUGAUGUUGAGGAAGGCACUGGUAUUCGUAAGGCCUACCGUCCCACUCAGACCCUAUUGGGCGUUAGCUCUAGUGAGGCCAAAGUAUCGCCAAACGCAACCUCAUUUCCACUCCUUGCUGUAGUCGAUUCUGCUAGGCUGCCUGUCGUGCCGAUCGAGCAUCUGGGACCAUCGACAGAAAAAGUUGCAUCCAACAGCCCCUUUGCUGCAUGCCAGGUUGAUGAGAUACACGUGGCAUUGUUGUCUAGUCUUAUUCUACCCUCAACCGCGCUGCAUGGUUGUCACUCAGCAACAAAUGGACCCAACUUACUUGCAAACAACGGUAUCUCGUCCCUCACAUCGACACUUCCAGUUCCUUUUAUGAAUUGCCCAUCAUACGAGGCAGCCUUCAAUCCCUAUUCUUUAGAUUUUCCCAACCUACCUGAACAAGUGCUUUUUGCCGAGCAGCCAGUUUCCACGUUUUCAGGACCCUCGCUCAGUGCCACUACGAACGACAGGUCUACUGCGGGGCCAUUUUGCUCUGGACCUUUCAUUUCCAACUCGCUUGACAUAUCUUCUGAUCACGCAUCUUUUGUCAAUAACGGCGAUGUCCGCGCUAAUGAAGGUCCCCUUCCGCAACCACAAUGGGUUGACUAUUCCGAUCGCAUUGAUGUAGAAAUGACAGAUGCUGCCAUCAAACCCACGAGGCCCUUCCUUGACUUCCCUCCUCUUGAUGUCACUGCGAUGCACUAUGCUUGUACCUAUGAACCUCCAGUUGCAAUUACCGUAUCUGGCGGAGCCUCAACAUAUGUGUCUGCAGUUGGCCCUAGUUCCGAAGAAUUUUCUACGAACGUCGAAGCUAGCUAUUCUCAGCCUGUAUUGGAUUCUACCGCACGUUAUUCUCCUAUAGAUAUCGGACCUUCAGCUAUUCAGUCUGAGCUGAGCCGUAUUUCGCAUUGGUCAUCUAGCAUUCUUGGAACACACUCGGCUGUAUUUUCAGCGCCCACACGAGAACAACCUACCGACUUCCCUGGUUCUAGAUACCCCUGUUCUGGCCUUUCUGAGAUAUCAUCAGCGGAGCAAAAUGUUUACGGGAUUACCGCUCGGGAACAAGAUAUACCAAGGACCGCCGGAAAAGCCAAUCCACUUGGCAGCACUCUCGAGAAUGAGGAGUACGCUAAACAUGCAAGUUCUGCAGACCUCAAUGUCGACGUUCACGAACACGCUGCAUCCCAGUUCAUUCCUGCCUCAAACACAGUGAUCCAUGCAAAGACCGUUGUGCAGCCACCUGGACACUUUAACGACACCAUUACCUCGGUCCGUCGCCAACCCCAGUACAUCACCCCGCCAGCAGUGAGCAUCACUGGGAGAUGCUCUGAUGGAAAAGAAACUCAGACAGACAUUGAUGCGAUGCCCGAACCAGACGACGAUACCAAGACUGAGCCAGACGACGACGCUAAGACUGAGCCAGAUGAUGGGAUCAAUGAGAAGGAUGUGAACGCCGAAGUACUUGCUCACGCUAUACUCGACAUUCCGCUUCCACCAGCGAUAGUCGCAAGCGUUCAACUCCUCGGUCAACGGAAACGGAGGAACUCGUGUUGCCGUAAAGGCAUCACCCGCAUGCGUGUAAAGAGAAGGCAGAUGACCACUGAAGAGAACGAGGAAGGCGGUAAUGGUGGGAUUCGUGCGCACAGGACGCGGUUGAAUCAUUUAUCGAGACCGUCACCUUAUGCCUCGGUGCCGUGGCGGCGUAAAGGACAUUCAAAGGGACUUCGGAGAUGGUAUUGUUCGAGUGGCCUUCACUCCCAGGCCAACGUACCGUCUGAUGAGAUCUCUCAGACGUCAGCAGUUGUGUCAGCCGACAAUUCCUUGUCAUGUUCUCCGUUCAUUCUCCGUGAUUGGACUAGAGUCCAUUCCAGCUCAAGGAGCCCAGCGUCAUACCCCUGUCCCCACACCUUCACGACGUCGGUUGCGAGACAAAUAUUCUCAUCAUAACACCUCUAGCGAACUUUGUAACAAGGAGAGACCCUUGAAACAGGCCCGAAUCAAAGGUGGUGUCGGGCAAACGAAAGACUUUGCGCAACCCCCACCACCACCGGCAAAUCCAAUACCAGGCAAAAAGAGACCCCCAGCCCUGCGUCGGGCUACUGGGUACGGAAGUGCGGGUAGUCGGCAUCGGGCUCAUCAUUCCACCAACGGCGGUGU